GCACAAUUAUCAAAUCGAGAUAUGACAGCGACUCUUUUAAAUAAUUUAAAAUAUUUUACCAGUAAACAUGCCACCGAAAACAUAGGAGCCAGUGAAUUACAAUUUUUAACUGUUUGGGUGUUUGGUGAUUUGGAACAGAAGCUGGGAAGAAAUCUGUUAAUAAAUGCAUUGGAAUAUCUAAAAACCGCAAAUAGUAUGCGUGUUGCCUUCAUUCCAAAUAUUGAAGAUCAAACUUUCAAGCCAAAUAACUUAAAUUACUUAGUUUGGGCUGCUAUGCAUUCGCUUCCUUAUAAUGAGGCUACGGAUACUGUAUUAUCGUGGCUCAAACUCAAAAAUGAUAUUCAAGAUAUCCCAGCCAGUACAGUUGAAUAUUUGUCAUCCACGGAGCUUCACAUAAAAAUGCUAAGAGUUUAUUCACAACGUGUUUUAGGACUUCGAAAGAAUGAGCAACUUAUCAUAGCAAAUGGCAAAAAAAUAGGACCUUUUCAACAGAAUGAUAAAUUUAGUGUAGAUGAUUAUGGCUUAAUUGAUCGUUUUAAUGCCUUACAGUAUGGAGAUAAAAUCCGAAAGGUGCUUGUAGAGAGUAAUUUAAAUGAUACCGAUGAUAAAAUAACAAGCGAUAUGUUAUUGAAACUUUAUUGCAGUUUAGUACCGCGACAAUCCAAAACUCGUUUUCAUAUACCAUAUGACGCGAAAGAAGAGUAUUCCGUUCUAAAAUUGAACCCCAAAAUCAAAGAUUUACCAUACUUUGAUGUUAAUGCAGUUGUGGAUCCAGCAUCUCGCAGUGCCCAGAAACUUGCACCAAUACUCAUAUUAUUACGAAAUACUUUUAACUGUCAAAUGAGAGUAUUUUUAACACCCGUAAGUCAACAUAGCGAUAUGCCUAUAAAAAACUUUUAUCGAUAUGUGAUCGAACAAGAACCUCAGUUUGAACCACAUGGUAGGAUAUCUGAUGGACCUAUUGCUAAGUUUACAGGAUUACCUGUUAACUCAUUAUUAACGCAAAAUUUGCAAGUACCUGAAAAUUGGCUUGUGGAAUCUGUGCGUUCUGUCUAUGAUUUGGACAACAUAAAACUAAAUGAAAUUGGUGGUCCUGUUCAUAGUGAAUUUGAGUUGGAAUAUCUUUUGUUAGAAGGCCACUGCUUUGAUGCUAUCAGUGGUGCGCCACCACGAGGACUACAAAUUGUUCUUGGUACAAAAAAUAGUCCAGGCGUGGUUGACACCAUCGUCAUGGCAAAUCUGGGUUAUUUUCAAUUAAAAGCUAAUCCAGGAAUUUGGGAACUUCGGCUACGAGACGGUAAAUCUGCUGACAUAUAUGAUAUUACACAUGCAGAAGGACUAAAUACAUUGUAUAGCAACCAAUCUAUUAAAAUUGUUAUAAGUUCGUUACGUUCCCACGUAAUUAAAAUUCGUGUUGCUAAAAAAACAGGUAAGCAAAGUAUGGAUUUGCUUGGUGAUGAGGAUGAUCAAUAUCAAACAGGAAUAUGGAAUUCUAUAGCAAAUUCAUUCGGAGGUUCAGUCACCAAUGUACCUGAAGAUGAAACAAUCAAUAUCUUCUCGGUUGCUUCAGGACAUUUAUAUGAACGACUUCUUCGUAUUAUGAUGAUUUCUCUACUAAAACACACGAAAUCACCCGUUAAAUUUUGGUUUCUAAAAAAUUACCUAUCCCCUCAAUUUACUGAUUUUUUACCACACAUGGCGAAAGAAUAUGGAUUCCAUUACGAAUUGGUUCAAUAUAAAUGGCCUCGUUGGUUACAUCAGCAGACCGAGAAGCAGAGAACUAUAUGGGGUUAUAAGAUUUUAUUCUUAGACGUAUUAUUUCCACUUAAUGUACGCAAAAUUAUAUUUGUUGAUGCCGACGCAAUUGUACGAGCAGAUAUAAAAGAAUUAUUUGACAUGGAUUUAGGUGGAGCACCAUAUGCAUACACACCAUUUUGUGAUUCUCGUAAAGAAAUGGAAGGUUUCAGAUUCUGGAAACAAGGUUAUUGGCGAAGUCAUCUAAUGGGAAGGAAAUACCAUAUUUCAGCACUUUAUGUUGUUGAUCUGAAACGCUUUCGGAGGAUAGCUGCUGGUGAUCGACUACGUGGACAGUACCAAGCCUUGAGUCAAGAUCCCAAUAGUUUGUCAAAUCUGGAUCAAGAUUUGCCAAAUAAUAUGAUCCAUCAAGUUGCUAUCAAAUCACUUUCAAAUGACUGGCUUUGGUGUCAAACCUGGUGUAGUGAUAGCUCCUUAAAAAAUGCAAAAGUAAUCGAUCUUUGCAAUAAUCCACAAACAAAAGAAGCUAAACUUACUGCUGCCCAACGCAUAGUUCCUGAGUGGAAGACGUACGAUACUGAAAUUAAAAAGCUUAUGGCUCAAGUAGAAGAUCACGAGAAUAUAGCUGAACAUGAAAAUUAUAUGCAAGGUGAAAAAUCUCGCAUUUCAACUUCAGGUGAUGGUAGUGAAUCAGGUUCCAUUAAACAUUCUGAAUUGUGAUGAUUAAAAAAUAUCCAAAAAUCA